UGUACCCUUUGACCAAAUAAUAUAAUUUCAUAUCAUAUGUUUGUUGUAUUAUUUAAUUGCAAACUCAAUUUACUUCCUGUUGCUAUUUUUCCUAUAUCGCUUUAUUUUUAUUGUGUUAAAAAAUUGUAAAAAUGAUUGGAAGUAUAUUGAAAAAUUCUAAGAAUUUUACUUUUAAAAUUAAUGGAUAUCGGUUACAAAGCACACUGAUAAUUGCUGAACAUAAUAAUGAAACAUUAGCAGCAGUAACACGAAAUGCUCUUACAGCUGCAAAAAAACUAGGUGGAGAUAUAUCUGUACUUGUUGCUGGAACUAAAAUUGAAUCAGUAGUUGAACAGGUUUCCAAAGUUAGUGGUGUAACAAAAGUGUUAAAAGCUGAAAGUGAAGAUUUUAAAGGGUUUUUACCAGAAAAAUUAGCUCCACUAGUGUUAGCAACUCAAAAAAAAAUUAAUGCUACACAUGUAUUAGCCGGUUCUAGUGCUCAAAGCAAAUCUCUCUUGCCAAGAGUAGCUGCAUUGUUGGACGUUUCUCCAGUUACAGAUGUUAUAGAUAUUAAGUCACCAGACACAUUUGUACGUACAAUUUAUGCAGGUAAUGCUAUUAUGACUUUAAAGUCAUUAGAUCCUAUUAAAGUAGUAACUGUAAGAAGUACUAGUUUUGAAGCUGCUGGUGAUGGUGGUUCUGGAAGUGUUGAGGAUGCUGUAAAUGAUAAUAGUUAUGAAAAAGGAAGUGGAUCUGAAUGGGUUAGCCAAGAAUUAAGUAAGAGUGAUCGUCCUGAUUUGGCUUCUGCUAAAAUAGUUAUAUCUGGAGGUCGAGGUGUCAAAUCAGCUGAAAACUUCAAAAUUAUCUAUGAUUUGGCAGAUAAUAUGGGUGCUGCUGUUGGUGCAUCAAGAGCGGCUGUAGAUGCUGGCUUUGUACCAAAUGACAUGCAAAUUGGUCAAACAGGGAAAAUUGUUGCACCAGAACUAUAUAUGGCUAUUGGCAUUUCUGGAGCAAUUCAACAUCUUGCUGGUAUGAAAGACUCUAAAACAAUUGUGGCUAUUAAUAAAGAUGCUGAUGCUCCAAUUUUUCAAGUUGCUGACUAUGGUUUGGUUGCCGACUUAUUUAAAGCUGUGCCUGAAUUAAUUGAAAAAACUAAUAAAUAAAUUGUUUAUGAGUUAUAAUAGAAAGACUUUAUUUUUUUAUUUAUAAUUUUUUUUUUUUUAGAACUAUAUAUACUUAAUAAAAUAAGGGAUUAGAAUAUAUAGUUAAAAAUAAAAUAGUUUAUUUAUAAUUGAAUGCUACAAAAUUAUAAUUAGCUAAUUUAUGUUUUUUAUUUUUAUUUUUCAGUUAUUAUCUGUUCAUAAUAUUAGUUAUAAGUAAACUCUGUAACCUGUUUUUAAUGUAAAAAAUCUUAUUUUCUUGAUUCUGCCAUUUUUAUAUUUUUGCCUAGAUUUAUUGAAGUAUUUUUUAUUUUAUUUUUAACUACAAUUAAAAUACAUUAGGUAUUAGGAAAUAUAGGCUUAAAUAAAUAUUAACUUAUUUUUACAGG